AUGCUUGUCUCUGGCCUGCAGACACCUCCCUCCCCCUGGCCUGCUGUCCUGCGCGGCAUUCGCUCCCUUUUCCCCCCCUCCCAUCCUCACGGCUGCCCUGUCGGCUGGUCUUUUUUCCCCCUUCUCGUUGCUUCUUCUGCUGCUGCCUGCCAAGUUUCACAUCAGACACAGAAAAAACCACAAGAAAAAAAAAAAAGAAAGGGACCGAAAAGAAAUAAGAUCCGCUCCGGAAAAUACGCUGUUGCUGCUACAGUUGCCCGCUGGAUCUCGCUGUCUCGUCGCACGAUCGACAGUUCUCCUACCGGCUCACAAAUAAUAUCCCCCCCUUCAUCCACCCUUAUUUUGAAGAAGACGACGAAGAAGAAGCAGAAAAACAAACGAAAACCGAGCCAGCAAAAGACGGCGAAGAAGCAGGCAAAGAAGGACAACGAACGGCCCAGCUUCCCUGCCUUUUUGUUCUCCAGUUUUCGUAGCGUGGUUGUGGCUAGAAACACCAUAAGAUCAGGCACAUCCCUCCCUAUUUUCAUCGUUCCUGUACCUGCCUCUCCCUCUUCUUGUCCUAAGAUGAUGCUGAGACGGUCUCUCGACUCCCAACGCCCCAUCAUGGCUCCCUCGCUGGCCUCACAGCGUAACUCGAAACGAUACUCUACCAUCAGCAACCAGACGACGAGCAGCACGAUGACCGGUGACAGCCGCAUGGCCGAGAUCAAGGAGCUCAGCGCCGGCCUCGCACGUCUCGAGAACAAGCGGCUCAGCCAGCAGCGCUUCGUGCCCACCCCGGAAAAGUCAGAGAGCCUGAGCAAGCUGGCGUUGGGCGCAAAGGUCGAGCGAGCCCUCGGCAGGAGGAUGUCGAGCCAGGACGCCGUCAUGCGCAAGCCCGUGGUCCUGGACGAGAAGAACAUGAUCAAGUCUGCCUCCUAG